CCCCCACCACUUUGCCCUCCGCCCCCUCCACCGCCACUUUGCCCUCCGCCCCCUCCCCCGCCACUUUGCCCUCCACCCCCUCCCCCUCCACGUUGCCCUCCGCCCCCUCCCCCUCCGCCGCCACUUUGCCCUCCGCCCCCUCCCCCCCCUCCCCCACCACUUUGCCCUCCGCCACCUACCCCACCACUUUGCCCUCCUCCUCCUCCCCCACCACUUUGCCCUCCGCCCCCUCCCCCUCCCGCUCCACGUUGCCCUCCGCCCCCUCCCCCUCCGCCGCCACCCCCUCCCCCACCACUUUGCCCUCCGCCCCCUCCCCCACGACUUUGCCCUCCGCCACCUACCCCACCACUUUGCCCUCCUCCCCCUCCCCCACCACUUUGCCCUCCGCCCCCUCCCCCUCCACCGCCACGUUGCCCUCCGCCCCCUCCCCCUCCGCCGCCACGUCGCCCUCUGCCCCCUUCCCCUCCGCCCCCUCCGCCACCUACCCCACCACUUUGCCCUCCGCCCCCUCCCCCACCACUUUGCCCUCCGCCACCUACCCCACCACUUUGCCCUCCUCCUCCUCCCCCACCACUUUGCCCUCCGCCCCCUCCCCCUCCUGCUCCACGUUGCCCUCCGCCCCCUCCCCCUCCGCCGCCACCCCCUCCCCCACCACUUUGCUCUCCGCCCCCUCCCCCACGACUUUGCCCUCCGCCACCUACCCCACCACUUUGCCCUCCUCCCCCUCCCCCACCACUUUGCCCUCCGCCCCCUCCCCCUCCACCGCCACGUUGCCCUCCGCCCCCUCCCCCUCCGCCGCCGCCCCCUCCCCCACCACUUUGCCCUCCACCCCCUCCCCCACCACUUUGCCCUCCGCCCCCUCCCCCGCCACUUUGCUCUCCGCCCCCUCCCCCACCACUUUGCCCUCCAAGGCGAACCUCGUACCAGCUGGAGCGGUGCGGCGGCACCCCGCUGCGGUGUGAAGCACGUCCGAAGCGGGAGCUGUCUGGAGCUGGAGAACGCCUGCCUGGAGAAAGCGCUCGCCACGCCCCUGGUGCCGCAGAAGCUCCGCCAUUCGUGGUGGCGCCUGCUGAGGCCGGCUACCCAGUGGUGUGGGGUCGACAAGCGGCCAGGUGCCGGCGGGCCCUUAAGGAGGCGCUCACUGGACGGCCGGCGUAUCGCACAAGGCCGUCCGUCGCCCGGGAACGGGUUCCCUCCGGCCAGCGUGGCGGCCGAGCUGCACGCGCCGUUGUGAGUGCAACGCUCCGGCUGCGGGCACGUGGAACCCCGCCUGACUUCCCGUGA